UAUACUAGCACGUUGCUGUCUUGUUUUCCUUUUUUUUUUAUUUGAACAACCGCACGUUGCUGUCUAUUGUCACUGGGGCUGGGCAAAAAACCUGAAUCCGAAGAAUCCAACCGAAUCCGAUCUGUAUCGAACCCGAACCGAAAUGAUUAGAUAUCCGAACGGAUUCAAAAUUUUGGUAUCCAGAGAACCGAAACCAAACUUGGUCCGAACCGAAGUAUUUCGGGUACCCGAAUGUAUCCAAAAUAUAGAUUUAUAUAUCUAAAUAUAUUAAUUACUUUUAGAUUUAAUGUAUAUUAAAAACAUUCAAAAUAUAUAAGAUACUUUUAAGUUAUUUAAAAGACUUGAAAAUAUAUAUAAAUAGCCAAAAGUAAAAUUUUAAAAUAGCUAAAAUAUAUUCAAAACACCAAAAAUAGUUGAAAUAUCUACUGAUUUUCUAUCAAAAAGUAUUCAAACCAAACCAAUUUAUAUCUUAUAUAUUAAAACAGAAGUCUCAACCUUGAUUCAUGUGUGAUUUUUUUUAAAAAUGGACCUAAUGGAGAAAGUCAUCUUACAUUUAAUCUAUAAUCUUAUCAUUGGGGAAAUUUUACUUUUACACUUUGUUGGAUACUAUUUUUCAAUUUUACCAUUAGUCUAAGGACAUUUUCAGAAAUACCACUUUCAUUAAUGAGCAAAAGGCAAUAAUACCCUUACCUUAUCUUCUUCUCCACCAUCGGUUUCUCUCCUUCUCCCCGAGUCACAAUCGUCUCUCUCUCACCGUCGUCUCUCUCUCUCUCUCACCAUCGAUUUCCGGCGUCUCUCUCACCAUCUAGUUUCGGCGUCUCUCUCACCGUCUAGUUCCGUCGACUUUCUCUCACCGUCGACUUCUGGCGACGAAAUCGAUUCAAAAUCUCCAAGAUGUCAACUCCUAUAUGUGAUUCACAACUUGAAACCUCUUCUGCAGAUCCGUUAUGUCUACGUAGGGACUCAACAAGGGCUCCGACAAUUACUGAAGUGUUGGAGGUAGAGAAGAAAAAUAAUGGUGUGGUUACUACAAUGUUUGGAUUCUCUGAGGAAUUCAAACAUUUGGUGAACCCAACACAUCCUGAUGAUAAGGACUUUGACAGUGUUGUACAACUAGUUCAACAAGGAUACAAAGUGAAGAAAAGCGAUUGGGAACAAGGAUUUGUGGAUGUUUUCUUACAACAGAAGACAUUGGUCGACAAAGCAGGACAGAAGACAAAGAUGUACAGCAAAACCUCUAAGGAGCAAACACAAGAUGAAGAAGAACAACAAGUGGAAGUUGGUGUUGAAUUCGGCGACGGUGAUAAAGAAAGAGAAACAUCAAAAACCAAUGAAGGGCAGACAUUUGAGGAAGGAGAAAAAGAACAAAUGGAAGCUGAUACAGAAGUUGAGGAGCCCGUGCAAGUUGAAAGGCAGAAUGAAGAAGAGGAAAUAAGCCAUCAUAAUACUGUUUAGGAACAAAAGCAUAAGAAGAAUAAAGAGAAAAGAAAAGAUGAAGCGUAUGAGAAAGCUAAGGAGAAAUUUCAAGAUGAAGAUGGUUCCAAACUCGAUAAGUUAAUCCAAAUGCUUUAUGAUUUGAAUAAACGAGUAGAAGUAAUCGAGAAUGUCUUACAAUUGGUAAGCAAAUAACUUUACCAAGCACUUAUAAAUAUUUUCACAUGUUAUUUUCUUUACCUAUUAUGACAUGAUUUCUUGAAGGCACCUGAUGGUUAUGAGAGUCCAUGCAACUAUGAUGAUACAAAAGGUGCACCAAAUGAUGAAAAUGAAAAAGAAGAAAAUUCUGGUGGUAAAAGAAAUGCAACAGAUGAUGAAAAUGAUGAAGAAGAAAUUUCUGAUACACAACAACUGACGGAAGUGAAUAUUUUUAAGGAAAAUGAGAAUACAGAGAAAAUCACUUCAGACGAAGAUACUGAAAAAAGUGAAGAAAAAAGAUGCAUAAAACAAAAGUCACAGUUACAAUUCUAAAAAAAGAAUAUAAAUGUUUAUAAAUUUUUUGAUAUUAAGCUUAACUAAUCUUAUCUUUUGUAGAUGACGUCAUCUACUCCAACAUUCACUACUCCAAACUUUGAUAUAAUAGUAUAAAAUUUAAUAUAUUUUAUAAGGCUUUGUAAAUUUUAAUGUAUAAAGCUUAAAAUUACAGUUUCUAAAUAAUUUGUUUAAAGAUUACAUCGUCUAUAAAUAAUUUUUCGCAAGAGAUGAUUAAAACAUUUAUAAGCAUUAUAUAUGGAUUCAUAAACAAUAAUGUAUUAAAAUUUAUUAAAAAUCACUUAUAAACCUUCGUAAAACUCAGAUAUACUAGUUUAUAAAGUAUUAUAUAAACUCAGAGAUGAAAUUUAAACACAAAAAAAUGAUAUGUAAAGGCUGAUAAAUAACUUAUAACCCCUAAUAUAUCUUAUAAUAAGAUUUUAGAAAGCAUUAUAAAAAUUAAUGAUAAAAAGUUUAAAAAGUAAAAUCGGUGAUAUAAAUACAUGCUACUGUUACCGUUGACACAAGUGCUUGGUUCCAUGCCUUUACUCGUUGAACUAGUCUAGUCCUUCAAUCUCUCUGAAGGUGAAACUGCGAGGCCAAGUUCAGUGUUUUAUGUUUUACCAAGCAAAAAUUCCCUCAUGUAUCUUACGUUUUGUGGGACACACAUUACAGAAACAAUAUUGGUAACCUUAGAAACUCAUGUUUUCUCAUCAACCGCUUUGUCAUCUUCCAUAGCGUUUCUUUUUCUUGUAAAAUGAUGAUUAAUAUUUCAUAAAUAAUGUGUGUUUUUCUAGAUAAGUUAUCAAUUGGUUAAUGUUAUGAAAUAAUCAGGAAAUGUCUGUUCUUCUUCCUAGAAUCAUCCUCUUGAUGGCUCAUGUGAUGAAGAUCAAGAUAUGUUUUGUUUUCAUGUUAAAAGGAAGCAUGUGAAGAACAUUGGACAUAUAGUAUAACAUGGUUGCAACAGAGAGCCUAACAGAUAAGUUAUUUGGGACUUUUAUCUUCAUUACGGAUAAGAUCUUAUUGUAACAAAACAGAACAAAUCGACAUGUUGUUUCCUUUCCAAGCCAUCCAAAACACAACAAAACAGUAGGGACGCUCACUUCACUUCACUGUGGUUUCUUAUACUAUGAUGGAAAACCAACAAUCUCAACUUAAAUGCAAUAGCUAAUUCUUUCCAGAGGUUUCCACACUUGUCUCUAGUCCUGCCUCACGUACCUAUGAUUACAAAAGUGGAUAUCUCUUUGGUAAUAUUAAGAAGCAAAAAGUAAUUCAAAAAUCAGUAAUAAUAGUUAACAAACUAUUUCAAAGUCUAUAAAUCUAUUUAUAAAAGUCUAUAAAGCCAGUUACAAAAGUUUAUAAGAGUUCAUAAAAUCUUUUAUAAAUAUACAAAUGAUUUUAUAAGAGUUCAUAAAUCAUUUUAUAAGGUUAAUUAAUAAGAACUUAUAAAGAGAUUAUAAACCUUUUAUAAAGGUUUAUAAAUAUUUGUAGAAGUUUAUAUAGGUUUCUAAAUGUUAAUUAAGGGUCUAUAACAAAGAUUUAUAAAAAACAAUUAUAAAGAUAUAAUUUAUAAAAGUUUAUAAAGAUUUAUAAAAAAAUUUAUUCAUAGUUUAUAAACCAUUUAUAAAGGGUUAUAAAAAAAUAUAAAGGCUUUAUAAGAAUUUAUAAAAGGUAUAUAAACGGUUUAGAGGCACUUCUAGAGCUGUUAGAAAAAUAUAUAUUCUGCUAGAAAAAUAUCAGAAGGGUUAUAAAUCGGUGUAUAACACUUAUAGAACAAAAAUUAGUUAAUAAAAAUAAUAUAUUAUCUUAAAACCCC